UCUCGUGGGUUACGCUUUGCAUGUACUGAAACCUUCACGUGUCGCAAUCCACAGAAUACAUGCAAUGAGUAUGUCAUAGACAGGUUAAAGAACAAACAGAAACGAAAAACCUUCUUCGUAGGUUCACUGUGUGAAGUUGGCGCUCGUCCACUGAGACAGGGUUGUCGAGACAUAGCAUCAACAAGUAGCGUUGGAAGAGAAUUACAGACGAGGCACUUCACUAUUCUCAUCAGCGAGUUGUGUGGAAACAACAUGAAGUUUGACACCAUUCUGGAGACUGUGGGCGAAUUUGGUCCUUCCCAAAGGCGGUUGUAUACACUCCUCAGUCUGCCCGCCAUUUAUAAUGCUGCCGUCUGUAUGGUCAUCUUUGUGUUUCUCUUUGCUGUGCCCGAACACAGAUGUGCAAUACCCGGAUUGAAUAAUGAUACCUUCCCGAUUCAAAACGAGGCUCAUGCUGACCUCAUCAACAGGACAAUUCCGCUUGUUCUUAAUAACCAUGGCGACCAAACUCAUUCAUCAUGCAUCAUAUAUUCAGCGUUUCCAAAUGCAUCAUCCCGCGAUGUGAAUACCGACACUGAGCCAUGUCAUAAGUGGGUAUAUGAUAAAAGCGUUUAUCAGACGACAGUUGCCCAAACAAUGGACCUUGUGUGUGACCGGAAGCUGUAUGUGAGUCACGCUAAGAUGAUGGCCAUGGUUGGCCAACUUAUUGGAGUUCUCAUUGGCGGCCCCAUAUCCGACAUGUUCGGACGGCGGAGAGUCAUACUAGUCAGUACACUUGUUUCAAUUAUCCUGAGCAUCUGUCUCAGCUGGAUCACGGACUACUACCUGCUCAUCACUGUAGUAUUAGUCAUCGCUGCAAGCAACAACAUGCAGUAUCUAUCUUGUUUCGUGUUCAGUAUGGAAUGUGUCGGUCCCUCCAAACGAAUGUUGGUGGGAGUGGCCAUGAGUCUAUAUUGGAGUGCAGGAAACAUCAUUGCUGCUUUGAUGGUCUUUCUGAUGAGAGACUGGAGAAGCAGGCAACUUGCAAUCAGCAUUCCAGGUGUUUUAUUUGCCUAUCUGUAUUUCCUGCCCGAAUCCCCAAGGUGGCAGUACAGUAAAGGGAAAACCACAGAAGCGAACAAAACUGUGAUGAAACUUGCUAAGGGAAACAACGUUAGCCUCACUGACAAUAUGCUUCAUGACGUUACGUGCAAACUCGAUAAGCACGAUGAACAGUUCUGGGAUAUACUGAAGUCACCUAUAAUGUUGAAGAGGACACUGAUUAUCCUAUACAACUGGCUUGCAAUUGGUAUGGGGUUUUAUGGUCUCAGCAUGAACGUCACAAACCUCUCUGGCAACGUCUACAUCAACUACUUUCUGUUUGUUCUGGUCGAGGCAUGUGCGUAUGUCAUAUGUCUUCUCCUGAUGGACCGCAUUGGGCGGAAGAAGAUGUUGUGCACUGCAAUGCUGAUGGCAGGAAUAGCAUGUGCUCUGUCGUUCGUCCCGUUCUUUGUCACAGAAACCCCCAACAAGUGGAUCAUCAACAUUUUGGCGUGUCUGGGCAAUACGUGUGUAUCAGCAGGAUUUGCCGCCGUUUAUGUCUUCACUGCAGAGCUGCUGCCCACAACUUCUCGAAACUUUGGCAUGGGCAUCUCUUCUGUGCUUUGUAGAGUUGGCAGUAUAUCGUCACCUUAUAUUAACGAUCUGACAAUGCACAUAACAGGUAGAUACAGCCAGAUUCUUCCCAUGUUGGUUUUCGGGGGUGUUUCAUUCAUUGCUGGACUUCUCGUACUUCUUCUGCCGGAAACAUUGAAUGCAGAUCUUCCAGAAACAAUUAAGGACGCGGAGGAACUGGGAACAACUACUAAUCCGGAGCCGCUUCCUCUUGACAGUGAAUGUGACAGCAGAAUCACAGAAGAAUCUUGACUUUUGGAUCCGAGAUAUCUAAGCAUUUCAGUUAUUUAUCACCCAAUCCAAGACACAUUACCUUAGUUUUCAGUUGACUUUAUAUUUGUGUUAAUGUUACGGCUACAAGCUUGUCUUUUGUUAAAAAGCAUGUUUAAUCCCAUGGUUAAUCUCACAUUCUUAAAAUACACGUUCAUUUUAGACAUGAAACUUUGGUUCAGACAUUACAAGCACCUUUGCGUCAAUAUCUGACACACUGAAGUCAUGAGGCCUUAUACCUAUGUAACCAGGUCUACUGGGCGCCAUUCUCCCUGACGAAUUUGGUGAAAUUGCAGUAUUCAUGGUUGCUGUUGACGUAAAUGCCUGGCGAACUCAUACUAUAGACGUCUUUAAGUGGCAUUUAUGGCAGAUGUUCAGUUGGCUUGAAACCCGGUGAAAGACAAUUGUUAUGCUGAACCAUGGCGCCUAUCAAGUUGCCAAGAAUGCGACCAAGAUAUGUUAUUUGCCAUUCUGAAUAGCUUCAAACAUCAUGUGUUCCCCCUACUUGCUCGACUUUAUGUAAAAGGUUACUUCAUCGUUGAUUCCGCUAUCCGCUUUGAAGAAUAUAGCAGGAUUCAUCACUACACCAAACGUUGUACCAAAGUUCAUGAUGUCUGUUAUGAUGCAAUCAACACUGUGAUUACCCAUAGGUAAACUGACGCCUUGCUUGGAUCUGGCCAGCUCAAAAGUGGCUAUGUUUGCAGCUGUUUUGUUAUGUGUUAUGUCCAGUUUCGGUGUUAAAUGGCCUGGAUAUAGCGACUCUCGGCUCAUGCAGGGAUAUGGUCUGGCUGAGCAACUUUAAGAUGCAUCGCCACUGAUGCAUAACAUCCACCGGCUUCAGUCAACCAAUGGCACUGCUCUGAAAUACCAUGACAAUAGUUUUCAAAUGGCCGCUUCACCGUCUUUUCUUAACAGAGUGAUGUUUCAACACGAUAUCGCCAAAUAAUGUGUUACCCGGGCUCCCCAAAUCCCAAUUUGUUACCCGGUGAACAGGUGUAGGAUGAAAUGGACCGACGUUUACAACGUCACCCGAAUCCAACAACAGGUAAAUCCUUCCUCGUGUAUUGAAUGACCUUCAAGGAC